AUGCCGAUGGGAAAUAGCACCAGAAGCAGGGCCUCUGUGGAUCAGUUGAUCCGGAGGUUAUCCCUGCCCAGUGUAUCCAGCCUAUCCGACAUGUCAUCGCUGAGCUUCCCCAGUUCUAGUGACAAUUCCGACCCGCACCAAACUGAUAUUGGAGAAUUUACGGAUGCAUUAGCCACAAUUGGCGAUAAUACUGAAAACGAGUCUACCAACGAUUUUGCCUAUAAUGAAUCAGAGCCUUCAAUUCCUGUGCAAAAGGAAUGUAUAGGAAGUUUCACUCCAGAAACUAAAGUGGAACAAAUUACACCCACACUUAAGAUGGAAAAACAUGCUUCUAAGAAUGCAGAUGCACCAGUAAAGAAUAGGAACGAUAGGCGCAGCGAUGUAACUGCCGCUAUUGGAGGAUUAUCAUUCUGGCCAGCUUACUUGGCCCUUUUAAACAAGAAGACAAGGCACCCCAAGCAAAAUUCAAAGGAUAGCAAAUUUGGUAAAAUUUUUUCCAAUGAAAUACCUUCUGAUGUUAGCAAGAUUUUUUUGUCCCUAGAAGACCCCAAUAUUCCAAAUAAUAAGUUUAAUGACCGACUAAACAAGUUAAUUAGGGAUGAAUUUAGCGAAAUUUUCCACGAAAAACCUCAUAAACACAAAUCUAAGUUUAUCAAAUCCACAAACGGUAUCACGGAUAAAGUUGAGAUUAGAUAUCCCCAAACUAAGCUCAAAUCCAUAAGUUUGCAGUUUGAUCCAGAAAAAUCUAAUAGGCAUUCUACUAGAGUUAAUGGAAAUAGUUAUCAUCGAGUAAAUAGGUCAGUCGAUUUGGAAUCUAAUUCAAAUGUCAGUGCUACGAAUUCAAAUUCAAACAAUUUAACAUAUAACGACAAUAUCAAUGAAGAUACAACUGAUCAAUGCACCAUUGAAACGGAGUUGGUUCAAAUGUUGCAAAGGCUAAUAAAUGAAUACAAACAACGUCGGUCAUACAACAAUUCGGAACGCAAAGGGAAAAAUAAACUCAAGAAGGAAACCCACAAAUCUGGCAAACAAAAGAAUAGAUCCAGUAUUGAGAGUGAAAAAUAUGACGUAUACAACCUCACGGACGACUAUAAUACCAAUAGAGUAUCAAUGGAUUCAAAAAUGACUGGGGACAAGAAAAGUGUCAAAAUUAUCCCACAAAAACCAUCAUUAAGCAACCCGCAACAAUCAUUUGACAAUAGAUCAUUAAUGGAAGUGAAUGUUUCAAGUUCUUUGCCUGCUUUAACAAAUCCUCAGUAUAAUUUUGGGGACAGCAAAGAUGAGAAUAUCUUGAAUGGAUUGUUGAAUUCAGGUGUGAAAUACCACAUAAUUGAAUUGGCAAACACUCCGGUAUUACCAAAAUCUCUCCUAGAAACGUUAAAAAUAACAAACAACUCGCCGAAACUGUAUUUGGACACUGAGCCAUAUGGGGAUACUGGAUUUGGCCGUGUAAAAUUGAGUGCAAAUGUUGGUAUAUACAAAGUAUCGUUAUUGAGUGACAAUGUGGAUCAUUUUGAUAUACAUAACCUCACUCGGGACAAUUGGAGAAUCACAAGUACGCAAGUUUUGGAUAAUUCUUUCAACGAAAUAACCAAGAAUAUUGGUAACGAUUGGAUGUCGAGAAACUAUGGCUUCAAUUAUUCGGGCAUCAACGAUCUCCUUGGCAAUAAUCAGAUACCAGGUUCUGGACAGUCACUAGACUCUGGCAGUUCAAAUGGCAACAACUGCGUGUUGGUCGCAAUCCAAUAUAAAGAUAGCCUAUCUCGGGCUGGGGGUCAGAUUGGUUUGAAACAGAAUAAAAGCCAACCAGAUUCUAUUUUGACCGUGUUGCCAAAUAGGGAAGGUGAUUGCCACGAUUUUAUCACCGUUCCACAGGUUAGAAUGACAGAUCAAAGCAUGGAUACUCUGCAAAGGCAGAUGGUUAAGCAUGGAUUGAUAUUUGAAUUAGCCCAGAAAAUAUCUACCAAUAAGAAGGCAUCUAUAAAGAAUAGUACCAGCACUGAUGAUACAUUUGUACAUAUGGUCCAUCCUGAUACCAAACAAUACCUAUGCUUAAAUCGGUUGACAGGCCAUAUUCAGUUCAGAAAGAUUAAUUUCAGCAACUUCAACUUCACACAUUCUCCCAGGAGUGGCAAACAAAUUGAAUGGAUCCCUGCCUGCUUCAGAUUACUCCCUCUUUACAAAUAUACUCCGUCACAAAAUGAGUUUUCAAACAACUUAAAAGCUGAAAAUGAUGCUGAUGAUUUUAUUCCUUUUAAUAUGUCUAACGACGAUCUUGCCAAUUAUGUAAGGGAUUAUUCUAAAAACAUGAAUCGCGAUAGUUUCAUGUCUAAAAUGGGAGAUAAAGCCCAUGAAAACAGCCCUGACCACCUCUUAUCAUACAUCAAAUCCUACGACCCUGGUAAAUCAACAAAAUCACAUUACACCUACAAUAAUUUGAAUCCAGUGAAGCCUACCCAGGAAAUUAAACCUAGAGAUAAUAAAUCUGCCGGAGCUAUCAAUCCCAGCAUCGUAAAAUCUGCUGUCAGUGCUAGUAUCUAUGGAGAAAACAACAAUUUUACAGUGGAAUCUCCUAAAGUUGGGAAAGUUGUAAUUAGAAAUAGAGAUACCCCUGAUUUAAAUAUAGAGAUUUGCGAUCCGCAGGUGAAUUCAGACGAUGAAAAUGCUGCUGGAGGCUGUUGCUCUUUUGAUAGUUUUGGCGUAUUUGGUAAUGGUAAGGAUGAGAAGCCAAUAAAAAUUGGCCUAACAACAUCAGGCCCAGGUUCUUACCGCGCCGCAAAUAAAACAAAAGACAAAAACAUAGUAAAUGUAACACUAAGAAAUGUGGACGAUCUGACAAAGCUUGUCAACCUAGUUUCGCACAAGGCUAAUGGCCCAGCCUAUGCCGUCAUAAAUGAUUGUGAUAGCCCUAAAAUCAAUCCUUCAACAAACUCCAAAACUUGUACCAGUAAUGAAAACAUUAGAGGCAGAAGUAGGGGAUUUAAAUGCAUAAACGACACCAUGAAUAGCGAGCACACGACUAAAACCAAGGGGGGUACCCCGAAGAGCGAUUAUGACACUAAUAUCCUGAUUGAUAGUACGUGCCUUGGGGACCUAAUGCCCAUAAAGGGAGUGGCAGAUAUCACUAUAUCAAGGUUAGGCAUUAGUAAGGGAGGUAAGAAGCUUUACGGUGAUUGCGGGGUCAAGUUUUCCCUAACAGGAGAUCAGUCCCUUUCUGCUGGAGCGGAAAGACUGCUUAAAUCUCGCCAAUAA